AUGGACAACGAAGUCAUGGAAUGCCCCUUUUGCGGCUGGAAAGCGCAGGCUGGAGAGUACGAAAUGAUGCUCCACAUAGAGACAUUGCACUCUGAGGGGCCGUCGCCUUUUGUCGUGGAAGAGGACAGCGCAUAUAAGAGCGGUGGUCCUGGGAACGAUCACGAUCCUCAAUACGUCGAGUGUCCAUCCGAGGGCUGCGGCGAGCUUCUUCUCCUAGAGGAGCUUGAUUACCACCUUGAGCUUCACGCCGAGGAGUCCGGUGACCAUCUGCGACGGCCCUCUGUACCGCAUUCUGAGCGAGAUACACAGCCCGCGACAGGCCCUUCGGCCACGACGAGGAGCCACCCAGAGGCAGAGAAAUCUCGCCGGUCUGAACACGCUCCUGAGCCCGUCAGCCGCCAGGCCAAGGCUAUAUCAGUCUGGAAGCGGCUGCUGAGGAUGCCUGGCUCAUCAUCUGCCGAUAGACAUCAACCUAGGAAGCAUCGCCAUGAUGAAACGCAUACGACUGUGGCAGAAUUCACUCGCGGGAAGAGGCUUGGGAAAACUCACCUUGGAAAAUACGCGCACGAGGAGCGCAUGCCCGACUGGCUAGUGACGUUGCUGAGGAAGGAGGGCCAAGUCGUGACCCACGUAGUAGAAAUCAUUCCAGUUAUUGCCCGGCUGUUAGAGCAAUCUCCAUCAACAGAGUACGCUUACAUCUGUCAUCCAUGUGUGUGGCAUGUGUCGAAGCUUAAACGGGAGGGGGGCUUCUGUGGCUACCGGAACAUACAAAUGGUGUGUUCGUACAUCUUGAUGCUCAAGGUCAGGGGAUAUGAACACUUGGGCACCAACAUACCGUCCAUCUUUCAGAUCCAAGAGUAUAUCGAGACCGCCUGGGACCGGGGGAUCCAUGCCAACGGCCGGCUUGAGACGGGAGGGAUCAGGGGCACCAGGAAAUACAUUGGUACACCAGAGGUGCGUAGUUGUCGAUGUGACGCUAAAGCAAUCAAGCACGAUAAUCCCGCCGAAUCCGAAGCUGACCUCAUGCAAUACGUUGAGACCUACUUCCAGGGUGGUGUCCAGGAGCCUUCCCAACGCAUCCGCAGGACCCAACUGGGGCCGAUAUACUUCCAACAUGCCGGUCACUCCUUGACAAUCAUUGGCUUUGAAAAGCUAAAGAACGGCGACAGAAACCUGCUCGUAUUUGAUCCUUCUUUCCGCGACUCCUCUGAUAUUUUAAGUCUCUCCACAUGGCCCGACUUUGUUCACCCCAAGCCAGAUCUUGCACUGAAGCCGUACCGGCGAGGGAGUAGAUAUCUUAGGAUGUACCACCAGUUUGAGUUGUUGACGUUAGUCGCCAUGGACUCCCCGCGUGGGGACUUAUCUCUCCCUGAAUCUUGA